UCUCACAAGUCCCAUUCCACUUCAACUUUCUCCAACAUUAUUAUCCCUCUCUGCCCCUUUUCCUCCUCUUUCCCUUACCCUUUUUUCCCUUCUUUCAUUUUCCCCUUUAUAUUUCUUGAUAACUUAUCUCCAAACCACCCCACAUGGCACACAACAACACUCACAGGCGCAUUUUAGCAUCUCAAGACCAUAAUCCUAAAACUUCCAUUUCCAUGGAUCCCACUCUCAAAAAGCAACCAAAGCCCACCCCCUUUACCUCCAAAAGUGCACUACAACUAAGUUGCUUGGACUCUUCACUUUCGACGAAUAAACAUAGUACUACUUUUGAAGAAUCCGAUGCACACGUGUUAAGAUUCUUGAAGAGUCCGAACAACAUAGCUACAGACAACAACAACAACAACACCUCCAAUCAUAAAAUCCUUAAAUCUAACUCAAAAGACUCUUCUGGGCAUUCAUCAAAUUCACUUAACAACCACUUAAAGCCCAAAUCUUGGACUAGUUCAUCAGUUCUUGAUUCAUCAUGUACACCUUUAACCAAGUCAAAAAGCCAACAUGGGAACUCUACUAUGGUCAAGGUGAAAAAAGUGCCCCAUAGUAAGGGUAAUAAAGAGUUCAACAAAGAGGUGGAUGUUAAAAGGGGGUGUGUAAAUUUGUCUAAGAGUCAAGAAAUUGAAAGGUUCAAGGAGUUUGAUGAGAUAAAAAAGCAAUCUUUAUUAGCACUACCAUUGAAGAAUGUUGGAAGGAGGAAAUCAUUUUGCAGUUCAAAGAUUGAGUUGGGUGAUUUCUUUAGUUGUAGUGGUGUGAAAGUUGUGUCUGUAGAUAUGCCACCAUUUAUGCAGAUUCAUGCUGUUAAUUGUGCAAGAAAGACUCAUGAUAGCUUGGAAAAGUUCACAUCUAAAGCUCUUGCUUUUACCCUCAAAAAGGAGUUUGAUGAAGUGUAUGGACCAGCAUGGCACUGUAUAGUAGGGACAAGUUUUGGUUCAUUUGUAACACAUUCUGUUGGUGGUUUCAUGUAUUUUUCUAUGGAUCACAAGCUACAUGUACUCCUCUUCAAGACUACUGUACAAAAAGCAGAAUCUAGUUGAAAAAUCUUGAGCUGAAAUUCAUUUCUAGAACAGAACAAAAAGUUUUGGUAAAAAUGUGAUGUCUACAAUGUAUUUUUUUUGUAUGUACAUUGGAUUUACUAAGAAGAAUAUGGUUGUUUUGUACCCA